AUGUGUUACUAUGGCAGCUACUAUGGUAGCCUAGGCUGUGGCUAUGGUGGCCUAGGCUGUGGCUAUGGCUGUGGCUAUGGCUGUGGCUAUGGUGGCUAUGGUUAUGGCUGCUGCCGCCCCCUGUGCUAUAGAAGGUACUGA